GAUGAGGAUGAACUCUUCUAUGCCGAUCUGAGAAAGCAAGUUCCAGUUUUGACAGCAGAUGAUAACAAAGCAGUAGUUGGAGCCAAGCCCCUAGAUUUCGGUAAGACAGGACCAUGGGGAAACAAACCUCUUGCCUCCAACAAGACAGAACUGCUGGGAGCCGAGCCUCUCAUGUCCAACAUCUUCAGCAACAUAAAACCUAAGUCUAAUAUCUCAACAAUUGGUGACUACCCUGCUUACCAGCCGAGAAGUUUCUUUGGUGUUGGGAAAUGGGAGUACUCUGGAUUGGCGUUUAACAACUCAGCUAUUGGCUCCAUCCCUACUUCGCAGUCAAGGAGCAAGUUUCAAGUUGACAGAUACGAGUACAAUUCCAUCUGAACAGAUGAAUACAGGAAAAGAAAGUAGUGGAACUGGUGUUUUCAUUCCCCAGAUCAAUGAGUUAAAUCUGAGACCCCAAAAGAAAGAUAUACAGAAACGGAAGAAUAAUAAAGCUCAAGUGACACAGAGAAACCAUGAAGCUCAGGUGAAACCAAAGACUCUAGAAGAACAAAAGAACCAUGAGGCCCAGAUGAAACAAAAGAUCCCUGCAGAACUCAAGAACCAUGAAGCCCAGAUGAAACAAAAGAGUCCUGCAAAAGGUGAAGCUCUCCAGGUAAAACAGAAGAGUGUAGCAGAACAGAACAGCGACAAUCUGUCUAUACAGAAGAGGGCACACAAGAACCAUGAAGGUCAGGCCUUGCAGAAAUGGAUAUGGGUGGAGAAGUAUUGAUGAUUUGUUGCCUUAAAAAAUAAAGAGGAAAAUUUUCACAGAUGUGUGCUCACUUCCACUGUUUAACUUAAAGCUUGUAAUAUAGGAGCGACAUUCUCCCCAUUGCCAAGCUGUUCAA